CAGCAGGGACACUGCACUGGACGUGGCCCCCAGGUCUUGGAUGACCAGCACCGGCGCUGCCACUUCGGAGCAGCGAGGCACUGCCGGCCCUCAGCCCACGGAGCUCACCUGGAACAGCUGGCACGGAGUGGAACGAGAUGAACUUCAAAGUCCCUCGAACCCAGCACCAUCCCAGGGUCCCACGGUGAUACGGAAUGAGAAAUCCAUUUUUCAGCUUUUUGCCACAUUUUGCCUGCUUCUUCCAUCUUUUUUUUUUCGCCUACCUCUCUUAGCUUUAUUUCCCAGUUUUACUCCUCAUGUUACAACAAAACUCCUCUUGAUUCCUGCAGAUUUUUGCCACCAUCUCUAUGACAGUGGAAACAGCUUCUUUUUAUUUCAACAUCCACCCUUUCACACAUCCAGUUCCCAAGGUUUUAAAGAAACCCUAAAACAAUCACAAACUCUUCCAGGUACAUGAAUUCCACAAAGCCUGCUAAAUGCAAUCCAGCUUGCUGCCCUGCGAGCUGGCAUCCCAGGAGAAGCUGAAGGUUUGCAGAACCAGCUGGGUGACCUUCAGGAGCUGCACAGCCUCCUGCCAGACCAGACUCACACUGGAUCCCUGCAGAGGGACGUGGGCAGGCUGGGCAGGUGGGAUGGGAUCCAUGGGAUCCAUGGGCCCGGGUCGGAGGUGUGAGGUCAGCCUGGCCGAGUGCUGCGUCCUGCCCUGGGUCACAACAGCCCCUGGAAGGCUCCAGGCUUGGGACAGUGGCUGGAAAUCUGGGGAAGGCUCUGGGGGUGCUGCUGACAGAGUUGGCCAGGGGAUGGGAUCCCCCUGGAGCCUCCCUGGGGAUCAGAUCCUGCCGUGGAAUCUGGCUGGGGGUGGGAUCCCCCUGCAGCCCUCCCCCUGUGACCUCAGCUCGUCUCCUUGGACACAGCUCAAACACACGGGCUCCAGGGCCAGCAGCACACCGGGAGCGCUGGGAGCAGGGAAAACCUGGGAGGAGGGAAGGAUGGGAAAUGCAAAUCCAGGAAUGGCACCAAACAGUUCUGUGUCAGACAUUUGAGCUGCUGGAGGAACCAGUUGGAAAUUCAAGGGCAGGACUGGGGCAAAAGCGUUGGCUCUGAGCUGGUGUUUUUCCCCUCUGUUCCAGUUUUACAGCUGGGUUGGGAUAUGGCAACCAAAACAAAGAACAGCAAGGAUGAGGCGGCACCCCAAGAAACAAGUGACACGGAGGACCCCGUUCGGGAGAGGAAACUGCACCUGCAGGAGGAAUGCAGGGUCCUCACACAGCACCUGGACACCUACCUGGGGAGAGCGGAGCAGCUCCUGCAGGGCAGCAAACGCCUGGAAAGGGAAGCCCAGGGCACUCGGGAGCAGAGCCAGUCCUACCUGCGCUGCGGAGCAAGGCUCAGCCAGGACCCGCCGGGCAUGGUCAUCACCCUCAACGACCAGAACCGCCAGGAUCUGGCCCAGAUCCAGGCGCAGCAGCAGGAGCUGGUGCCACGCUACGCUGGCAGGGAGCAGCAGGUGAGGAGCGCCCUGAAGGACACGGAGGCCGAGGCCUCGCGCCUGGACGCGGAGCUGCAGCAGCUGCAGCCCUACAGGGAGCGCAAGGUGCAGGCGGAGAAGAAGGUGAAGGCGCUGGAGAAGGAGCUGCGGGUCACCAGGAUCCGCUGCGCUGAGGAAACCCACGCUGUCAGGAGCAGGUUCCUGCAGGACAAGGCUGACUGCGAGCAGGAAUUCCACCAGAGGAUGCAGCAGCUCACCUGGGGAGCGCAGGAGCUGGCGCUGCAGGCUCUGAUCCAGCACGUGGAACAGGUGAAAGCCGAGAACAGGCUCCUGCGCCACGAGCUGCUCGGCCUCCUCCAGCACUGCCAGCUCCUCAGGGACGCCAGAAUCCAGCUGCAAGACCAGCAGGAGCAGCUGCUCCGGGAGAGCCGGUGCGCCCAGCAGACAGCGCUGCCCGCAGCAGCGCGGCGCCGCGGGGACAGCCUGCCCUGCUCGCCCGUCAGGGCGGGCCACUGACCCCACACCGCCUGGCCCUGACCUGGAGGAACCAAACAGGGAAGCAACCAAAUCCUUCUGGCAGUGGAAGCACUGAGGGCUUUGAGCUCUUGUCAUAAGGAUGCGUAAAAUACAAUUAUGGACCGGA